AUGAAGCUGCAUCGUUGCGCGCGGGGCGGAGCCUUCCCUGGCAGUGCAGAGGGGGAGCUGUCGGUUCUCUGCUGGAACCUUCUUGCGCCCAGCCGUGAGGAGGGCGCAGCUGUCGGGCGCUGGGAGCAGCGCCUGUGCGCCCUGCUGCGGGCGCUGGAGCUGUACGCGGCCUGCGACGUCCUCUGCUUCCAGGAGCUGGAGAUCGGUGCCUCCUUGGAGCCAGUGCAGGGCUUCUUGGAGGAGCGGGGCUUCCUCUCUGUGGUCCAGGACCGCGAAGGCUAUCCUGUGGUUAAUGCUACCUUCUUUCGGCCCUGGCUGCGCCUGACGUGGACAUCUUCGCGGUCCCGGAUCCUGCUGGCAGGGCUGCUGCUGCCCUCUGGGCGAGAGGUCUGUGUGGCCAAUGUGCACCUCGACGCCCGCCGGGGCCCCCAGCGGGAGGCGCAGCUCGGGAAGUCUCUGCUGAAGUUGGAGCAGGCGAGGUCGAGCUACAAGAUCGUUUGUGGUGAUUUCAACACCGACCUCACCACCGACCCUUUGUUCGGCAUUCUGCGUGUCUACGGUCUGUUCCGGGCCCCGACCAGCGGGCUGACCCACGCCAACGGCGCCGGCCUGGACCACCUGUGCGCAGGCCGAGCGCUGCAGCCGCGGCUGGUGCUGCACAGCGGCGUCCGGGAGCUCCGGGCGCUGCUGGGGCGACUACCCUGCGAGGAGUAUCCAUCUGAUCACCUACCAGUUGCCGUCCGCUUUGACAUCGUCUCGGCCUCUGACUGGCCCACGCCCCGGCUCUCGUCCCCCAACCUCCCCUCGGAGCUGCGGGCCGCCUGGGCAGACCUGGCGGUGCAGCACACGCAGAGCCGCAACCUGCGGCGCCAGCUGCGGGCCCUCGAGGCGGACCUGCUGCACGCCGCGGGCGAAGAAGCGGCGGCGCAGCUGCGGAGCUGGCGCGACGCGGCGCAGCGGGCGGCGGCGCAGACCUGGGCUGCGGCGUGCGACGCGGCGCUGGCGAAGGUCCGGGCGCUGUAG